AUGGAACCUGCAAAUUACACCAGAGUAACAGAGUUUGUUCUCACUGGCCUAUCCCAGACUCGAGAGGUACAACUAGUCCUAUUUGUUAUAUUUCUAUCCUUCUAUUUGUUCAUCCUUCCAGGAAAUAUUCUUAUUAUUUGCACAAUCAGGCUUGACCCUCAUUUGACCUCACCCAUGUAUUUCCUGUUGGCUAAUCUGGCCUUCCUUGACAUUUGGUACUCCUCCAUCACAGCCCCUAAAAUGCUCAUAGACUUCUUUGUGGAAAGGAAGAGAAUUUCCUUUGGUGGGUGCAUUGCACAGCUCUUUUUCUUGCACUUUGUUGGAGCCUCAGAGAUGUUCCUGCUCACAGUAAUGGCGUUUGACCGCUAUGCUGCUAUCUGCCGUCCUCUCCACUAUGCUACUAUCAUGAAUCGACGUCUCUGCAGUAUCCUGGUGGUUCUCUCCUGGUUGGGGGGCUUUAUUCAUUCUAUAAUACAAGUGGCUCUCAUUGUUCGACUUCCAUUCUGUGGGCCCAAUGAGUUAGACAGUUACUUCUGUGACAUCACGCAGGUUAUCCGGAUUGCCUGUGCCAAUACCUUCCCGGAGGAAUUAGUGAUGAUUUUUAGCAGUGGUCUGAUCUCUGUGGUAUGUUUCAUUGCUCUCUUAAUGUCCUACGCCUUCCUCCUGGCCAUGCUUAAGAAACAUUCAGGCUCAGAUGAGAGUACCAGCCGGGCCAUGUCCACCUGCUAUUCCCACAUCACCAUUGUGGUAUUUAUGUUUGGGCCAUCCAUCUACAUUUAUGCUCGCCCAUUUGACUCUUUUUCCCUAGAUAAAGUGGUGUCAGUGUUCCAUACUGUGAUAUUCCCUUUACUUAAUCCCAUUAUCUAUACCUUGCGAAAUAAGGAAGUAAAAACAGCCAUGAGGAAGUUGGUCAACAGAUAUAUUUUAUGUAAAGAGAAGUGAA